AUGUCUAUGCAAGGAAUAAUAUUAUCUGUAGUUAUUUUACUAUUUGCUUAUGGUAUUCAUUAUUGUUGGUUAUUAUUACCUAUUAUUAAUGGAUAUGGAGCUAAAUACAUGUGUUCAUCAAUAUUUAUAGUUGGUUAUAGUGAACGACAACAACGUACCGAAGAUCUUGAUAUGUUUCCUAUGAAAUAUGUAACAUUUACUGUAAAUACCAAUGAUUUAUCAGUAAGUGCUUCUCUAUUUAGAUUUGCUCAACGUAAAGCUAUUUAUCGCAAUGGACUCGGUGCAAUAUUGAUUAGUGAAUUAACAGAAGAUCAAAUUCAUGCACAAACAUUCAAUAAACCUAUAUCACCCGAUAUAAAUCAAGAUAAUAUACCAUGGUCUAUGGAUAAUAAACUAGAUGAUGAUGACUGUUUUCCAUCAAAUAUCAAUCAAACACUAUUGCAAGGUGCAAUAAACAAUUUGUUUAUUGAAAGAGAUCCAACUAAACUUAUACGUACACGCGCUAUAGUUAUUUCGUACGAUGUAAAAUUGAUUGCAGAAUAA